AGUGGUACUUCAUGGCCCUGGACUCCAUCUUCUUCUGCAUCUACGCAGUGGAAGCCGUGCUCAAGAUCAUCGCCCUAGGCCUCGGGUACUUUUAUGAUGCCUGGAACAAUCUGGACUUCUUCAUCAUGAUUAUGGCUCUCGUGGACUUCGUGCUCAUGCAGGUGAAUUCCUUCUCCUUCUCCUUCUACAACCAAAGCCUCUUCCGCAUCCUUAAGGUCUUCAAGAGCCUGCGGGCCCUGAGGGCCAUCCGGGUCUUGCGAAGGCUCAGAAUCCUGACCAGCCUGCAAGAAGUGACAGGAACCUUGGCCCGGACCUUGCCAUCUAUCACAGCCAUCCUCAUCCUCAUGUUUACCUGUCUUUGUAUCCUGGGAACAGACAUUGGAUGUGAAAUAGCUUCAGCAGAAGAAGAAAUUAGUUCGCUCAAAUGA